CCUAAAGAAGUGGAAUUUUCAAGUCUGUGGUACCCACGAAUUUGGACCAUUAAAGUCCAUGUGGCCCACAGAUUUGUAACCACAAAAUACAUAAGCAAACAAUGGAGUUUGAAUAAAAUUCAGGUGUUGUUUGCUAAUGGGAUUUGGAUGUUAUAUUUGGUCUCCAAAUACAAACCAUCAUGUUUUUUGUCCAACCCCAUUGUUUGUUAAGGUAGGCAAAUCUGUGGGACCCACAGAUUUGAACAAUUUUUUUAGCUCCAAGUUCGUGGACCCCACGUAUUUGUAAAUACCACAUUUUCAUUUGUUAUUUGCAAAUACCACAUUAUGGAAGGCAAAUUUUUGACAACCAAAUACCAAAUGAACUAAAUUCGUGAUAAAAAUUCAACUAAACAAACAAUGUUAUAUUUCAAAUACAAAAUGCAACAAAUCCAUCAUAACUCCAAAAGUUUUCAAACCUCAAGGCCUUCAUUUUCAAAUUCAACAAGCAAACGAGCCCUCAUGAUAGAACUAAAUACAUCAUCAAAUCAAUCACCAAAUCCAUCAAGCAAACAACCCCUAAAUUUGUGGUACCAAAAUUUGAAUUGUCAUACCAAUUAUGAGUUAUGGCCUUGUGAGUUGUGGGUACAAAUACAAAUUGUAGUUGUACAUAGUGUGGUAUUCGGUUAAUUUAUUAGAAGUAACACGGAUAACUAAUCAAUAACUGACAAAUAACGAUCACAGCGUGAAUAGAUUAUAAGUUAGCGGUGUGGUUAUCAAUAAGCUGAAAUAGUUUUCUGUGGACAUGAUAAUCGAAUAACCGGUUAACAAUUAGUCGACAACUAACCAAAUAGAAUUAUCCAUAUUUCUCUUCUCGAAAACGGUCAUGUCCCUCCGAAAAGACUCUCAAACUUCGAAUAAAGAAUCUCCUUCUUUCCUCAAUUUCCUCCCAAUGUGAUUCCUAACUUUGAAAGAGGCAAGAAGAACCAUCGAUUUUGCGAUUAAAAUGUAAGCAUUAAGAUUGGUUUGGGAAGAUCAGAUGACUUAUGUCGGAGGAAAGAUAGCAAAGACCACGCCCCAAUUUGUAACACCCUUACUUUAUAUUACAAAACAAAACAGUAAAAUACAUCGAGUUUAAACAUUCUCGGGCCCGAGCUUUAUAUAUGUAUUUUUUUUCAAACUUCAAACUAUAAUUUACAUUUUCAAUAGAGUUGAAACAGAAAACCGGGGAAGUCUGCUUUAUUACAAAAUCCACACAACAUAAAACAUUCAAGGAGUUCGGAGUCCUCCGCCCACCUCAUGGCUUCCCUUCAAGCUUGAGUCCCGAUAUCUACAGUAGAGACCUUACUUCUGAUCUUGAUCUGAGAAAAAAUGAUGACGAAGGAUGAGUCGUCGCUCAGUGAAUAAAUUCUAAGCUCAGAUCGACAUCAAUACAAAAACAGUAUCGGGCAGAAACACCCUAGCACAUAACAGGACUUAAGCUGUUUAUCCCACUUGUCAUUUUACUGAAUCAAUCCAGUUCACAUGCUCACAUUCCACAGUCAAAAUACAUAAACAGAUGACAGAUAGAGGCAUUUUGCUUAUACAAUUUCACUUUCAGACUUGCUAAAUGAUAUACUCCUCGGGUAGUACAGUAGUGGAAGGCUGCAGGAUAACCAUGCACAGCCAUCAGAUAACUGGAGUACCGCGGGACAAAACCCAGUCCGGUAUAAACAGGAGUGCACAAGGCACGGAACAGGAGUGCUCGCACCAACAGGAGUAUCGCGGGACACAACCCGGACCGAUACAAAAAAAACAGGAGUCGCCACGGGAUUACCCCAGCCCGGCUAACUGAACAGAACAGGAGUACCGUGGGUCGUCACCCAAACGGCACGGUGCGGAGCACGAGCGCUCACACAGGAGUAUCGUGGGGUUUACCCACAUCGAUACAAACAGGACACACUACUGUACCGAGGUAUCAUAAAGCCUUUUUACUUAUUCUUAUGUAUUCACCUCUUUUCAUUAAUAGUUCACUUAGACACUAUAGGCUCAAAAGCAGUCAUAGUGCUUUUGCACCCUCAGUCACCACAGAAUGGAAUGUAAGUUGAGAAGCUGACUCCGAGUUAUUCAAGCAAAACAAGAUUAGUAAGCCUAAUGGCUUACUCCAAAUCUAAACAGACAAGACGGGUUCACAAGUUCGAAUACUUACUCAUAAUCCACACAAUAAAUCAACAAAAUGUCUUUCCAUAUCCCAUUCACAAUUCAUGCAUUUCCAACUUCAUACCAAAUGCAUAUAAUGAAUAAACACAAAUAAGCCAUAUCACAAUAGCCAUAGGAAUAAACACCCAUACGCCAUAUCACAUUGCCAUAUCAUUUCCCCUAAAUUCCCAUAUUAUACCGGAUCCUCCUCAUGACUCCGAUAUGUAUUCGGGCCGCUUCAUGACCCGAAUACUGUGAUUAUGUUGAAGUUGAUCUAAGAAUAGAAUCUACUCACUGUUUUAUCUUCACUCGGCUAUACCCUUGCCUUUGGAUGAGCCCCCGCCUUGCUCCUUACCUUUAUAUACAAAUUUUCCAGGUUAUUCAAGCACCAAGAUACGUAUACAGUCAUCAAAAUCAUGGUUGUGCUCAUGCAUGUCGAUAAGGCCACUAGGGAAGUCAUACGACCGCACUCUUUACCCUGCUUCAUCAUUUCGGUCAUUUCUCCCUUGAUACUUAACCAAAUCAGUUGAUUCUUGUUGCUACUGAAACUAUAUUCAUAGGGCUACAACAUAUCCAAAUUUCAGACCAUUUGGAGCAGUAUUUUGAGCCCAGAAAUCAUUUUAAAUUGACGUUUCGAAACUGUCAGCUACUUUCUUCUCACUUCAAUCCAACUCCGCUACUUCUAACAAUUGUUCCUGACCACUUCGAACUCAAAACUAAGAUCCGAAGGUCAACUCAAAGAAACUUAUAUACUUAACAUUAUACCAAAUUUCUAGAAAGAUCCACGGCUACUUCGUACAAGAUCUUACCUCUAAUCUGCUGCCAUGCUACAGGAAAACAAUGUCGCACCCCUUCUGUCCAGCGACGUUCCUAGAUGAACCAGAGAUCAUAACAAUGAUCCGAAUGGUCCAAUCGUAUACAAGGACAUAUGGAACAAAACCUCCAAAUAUCAGAACGAUCCAACGGCUCAAGUGUCCAUAAUCGUCCUUCCCACAAGCUGUCCUACUGCUGGACGAAAAUUGGCAGCACCCCUUGUUUCCCCUCUUAUUUCUUUCCUUGAUAUCUUUUUCUCUCUAUCUAUCUACUACUUGUUUCUGAAAAGGGAUGGUGGUUUUUGGGGUGGUGAAACCAGGUGGAAGAAAGAGAGCAAGGGAGAGAGAGAGAGACGUGGGAGAGAGUGAGGGGAAGAGAUGAGAAUAAAAUGAGAUAAGAGGGAUGGGGCAGAUUUUUAUCUCCCCAAAAUCCCCCUUCAAUCCUCCAACCAUCCAUAUCUUACACUUAGGUUCCCCAACUUUCCUUUCCUCACAGUUAAGUCCAAAACUCAACUAUUCACUUACUUUUCGGUUCAAAAGACCAAUUUUUGUAACCCAAUCACAACCACGUAAUUAUAACGUAAUAAUUAGUACGAGGGUAGGGAUGUUACACAAUUUAUCCAUCAAUGACUUCUCUCGCUCAGUUCACACUCAUCAUUUUUCUCCUUCCCAUGCUUUAUUCUCACAAUCACAAUAGGAACAAACCAAACUCAAAUCAAUGAUAAAAAUAAUAUUAAACAAACACAUACAGUACAUAUAUAAACAAAAAUGCAAAAUUGAA